AUGGUGGAUGUUUUCCGAGGGUCGGAGUUUGUUGUGCCCAUCGCAGAAGACGCAGUAAAGAUCGGGGCAAAAGUCCUCUGGAUGCAGUUGGGAGUGAGGAACGAAGAAGCAGCGAAGAUUUUCCGCGGCUUCGAAACUCGCGCAAUCCAUGCUGGUGCUGCUCCAGAUCCAACAACGGGUGCAAGAGGGACUCCAAUCUAUCAGACGACAGCCUACGUCUUCGAUGACGUUGAUCACGCUGCAUCGCUUUUCAACUUACAGACUUUUGGCAACAUCUACUCAAGAUUGUCGAACCCAACAACAUCGGUUCUUGAAGAGCGCAUCGCAAACCUCGAGGGUGGAAGGGGAACUACCUGCACUGCCUCGGGUCACGCUGCUCAGCUCAUCGCUCUGUUUCCUCUGAUGCAGCCUGGUGACAAGCUGGUGGCGUCGAAUAAGUUGUAUGGUGGAAGUAUCACUCAGCUCGGCAAGACCAUCAAGAAAUUCGCCUGGAGCUGCGACUUCGUGGAUGUGGACGAUUUUGACAAGGUUCGCCAAGCUGUAAAGGAUCCGAAAGUCAAAUGCAUCUGGGCUGAAAGCUUGGCAAACCCUGGCGGUGUGGUCUCAGACAUCAGAGCUCUCGCAGACAUUGCAAGAGAAGCAGGAAUUCCUCUCAUUAUCGACAACACCAUGGCGACGCCCUACCUCUGCCGCCCCAUCGAACAUGGAGCAGAUAUUGUGGUGCAUUCAACUACCAAAUUUAUUUCUGGCCACGGAAACGCGAUGGGAGGGGCGGUUGUGGACUCUGGCAAGUUUGACUGGAGCAAAUCACCCGACAAGUUUCCUUCCUUGUCCCAUCCUGAGCCCGCCUACCAUGGCCUGACCUUCGCUGAGACCUUCGGCGAUCUUGCCUACACUCUCUACGGACAUGCUGUUGGUCUGAGGGACCUUGGCCCUUGCAUGGCCCCGAUCAACGCCUAUCUCACCCUUCUUGGAAUCGAAACUCUACCGUUGAGGAUGGAGCGACACUGCCAGAACGGGCUAGGUGUUGCUGAGUUCCUCACCAAGCAUCCGAAGGUGUCGUGGGUGUCAUACGCGACUCUCCCUGAUAACAAGUAUCUUCCCCUCGCAAAGCGUUACCUACAGGGGAAAGGAGGAUCCGUCUUCACCUUUGGUCUCAAGGGAGGGUUCGAUGCCGGAGUAAAGGUGGUAGAGAACUGUCAUCUCCUCAGCCAUCUUGCAAACUUGGGCGACACUCGAUCUCUGAUUCUCCAUCCCGCAUCCACCACUCACAGGCAGCUAACUGCCGAGCAGAGGACUGCCGCUGGUGCCGGUGACGACGUUAUCAGACUUUCGAUUGGACUUGAAACCAUCGACGACAUCAUCGCUGACCUUGAUAGACCUGUUGGACAGGUGAGCCUUUGA